UUCCCGUAUCAUUUUAACGGUCGCUUUAGCGGCGGAAACAGUGAAGAAACGCCGUUCCCAUUCCCUGCAUUAUUAUUUUCCCCCUGACAGUUAAAAAGCCAAGAAGGCGUGGUCACAUUGAAUGUGCGUCCAUACCGCGAAACCAACCGUCACCGGCGCUCCGGCAAUGUGGCCGGAAACCGAAUAAUCGCCGCCGUUCCUCAUCCAAUUCUGGCCACAAGUUGAACACAAGAUUCAACAAUGGCUCACGCCACAAAGCAAACGCAGAACACAAAGCAGAGGGUCCUCACGUGCUUGACGAAGCUCUCGGACCGCGAUACACAGGCUGCAGGAGCCACCGAACUCGAGUCCAUCGCUCGUAGCCUGGACCCGCACUCUGUUCCCGUCUUCCUCUCCUGCAUUCACUCCACCGACGCCUCCGACAAAACCCCUGUCCGCAAACAAUGUGUGCACAUCGUGGCAACGCUCUCCCACGCGCACGGCGACGCGCUCUCGCCUUUCCUCUCCAGAAUCCUAACCAACCUCGUGCGCCGCCUCCGCGAUCCCGACUCCUCCGUGCGGGCCGCCUGCGUCGACUCUGUCGGCGCGCUGUCGGCGCGUGUCACUCGGCAGCCGUUCUCCUCCUUCCUGAAGCCGCUGGCGGAGGCGCUCUUCACAGAGCAGGACCCCAACUCGCAGGCAACCGCCGCGCUCUGUCUCGCCUCCGCCGUCGACGGGGCUCCGGAUCCGGACCCCGCCAGGCUUGCCAGGCUGCUUCCGAGGUUUGAGAAGCUCCUCAAAAGUAAGGUGUUCAGGGCCAAACCCGCGCUGCUGGCGCUCGUCGGAAGUGUUGUGGAGGCGGGCGGGGCGUCGAGUCGCAGCUCCUUGAGGAAUUUGGUUCCCUGCCUUGUGGAGGCGCUUGGCAGCAUGGACUGGGCCACGAGGAAGGGCGCGGCGGAGGCGUUGAGGAGACUCGCCGUCGCAGAGAGGGACCUCUUGUCGGAGUUCAAGGGUGGAUGUUUCAGAGCGCUCGAGGAUCGGCGAUUUGAUAAGGUAAAGUUGGUUCGGGAAGUUGUGAAUCAGAUGUUGGAGGCGUGGAAGCAGAUUCCUGAUGUCUCGGAUGAGUUCUCUCCACCUCCUCAUUCUCAGUCUUCUGCUAAAGAGAAUGCAAGUGAUGGGCGCUAUCCUCCUGUCUCUCAAAAUUCAUGUAGUCCGGGUUCUGUUAUGAGUAAGUUGAGGAAGAAAUCAAGCCCAAUUAGCAAAUCAACUCCACCGGAUAGAUCUCUUGCCAGAAACGCUAAAAGGUUGAGUGCCUUAAGUGGUGACCGGAUGAAUUCGGGUGUUUUGCAGAAACUGAACCAUAACCAUUGGGAUGUUAGAAUUGCUGUGUCAAAUCUUCCUGAUCAUGGUGAAUGUCAGCCGAGGGAUGAAAAUGUAUUGGAAAGCAGCAAAAAGGAUAAAAGCAGAUUUUUCAAGUCAGAAACAAAACGGGCUCUAUUUGAGAAAAAUUCUGAUGACAAGAUGCAUAAAUUUGGUGGGUCGAAAGCUGGAUCUCGUGUGGUUCCUUGUUCAGAAGAGAAUCAAGACUCAGAUCUUGCCUGUAAUGUAGCGAAGGAUCUUCCUAGGAAUGAUAAAGAGAGUGAGGAAUUAUCUUCUAUUCGUGCCCAGUUAGUUCAAAUUGAGAAGCAGCAGUCAAAUCUGUUUGAUCUUCUACAGAAAUUCAUUGGGAGCUCUGAAAAUGGAAUGCGUUCUUUAGAGACUCGUGUGCAUGGCCUCGAGUUGGCAUUGGAUGAUAUAUCUUAUGAUUUGGCUGUAACUAGUGGAAGGAUAACUAAAUCUGAUGCUCCCAAGAAUACAUGCUGUCUGCUACCUGGUGCCGAAUUUUUAAGCUCCAAAUUCUGGAAGAAAACACAGAUCAGGUAUUCAUCCAACCGGUUCUCUAGAACUGGUAGCACUCCAUUACUAGCUUCCAGUAAUUACAGAGAUAAUAGGAACACAGAAUCUAGUACGGCAAGCCACAGGUUUAGGGUCCGUGGUGAUGGAAGUUUCAUCACAAAUCCCCUGGCAGAGAUUAAAAUUAAUUCAAGGGAAAUUUCGGGCUCUGCAAGAUCAGAGCUAGCUUGAAAAGCAGAUGUUUGCAGGGAACUUUCAUUUUUCUCAAUGUACAGCUAUAUCAUUUCCUCAAUGUACAAUCACCCUCCCGCUAUCCUUGGGUCUGAACAUCUUGUGAAGGUCUAGUUACUUCCUUUAGAACUGAGAUGCCAAAUUUAGAGGAAUCGCCAAUAUACAUCUUCUUGAUUCUCUUUGUCAAGUGGCACACCAUAACUACUUGUCAUUCGCCAUAAAAUGGCAGGAAUGCUGAAACUAAGUAAACAAGCUACAGAUUUAGGGUAUGUGAUGAUGGGGGCUUCAUCACUAAACCUCAGAUUAACAAAAACUCAGUGGGAUUUCUUUCCUUUCGAUAAGAAACUACUUAAAAAGUAGGUUUGCAUGCUUCGUGUACCAAUAUAUACCUCCAUAUACUAGACAAUCUCUAUGGCUUGGUAUUGGAAAGAAUCAUAAUUCAUGUCUCCUAUAGUCACAUGCUUGGUAAUUAAGAAAAAGCAUUUCACGGGAUAUGUAUAUGGAUCUCUUAUAAGGGAUUCUUUCCUUCUCAUGAAUGUUAUGCUUCAAAUCAUUCAAUAUUAGGAAGAGAAUUUAUGUCUAAUUUAUCUUCA